UGGUUGCAAAUAAGAACAAAUUCGUCUCAGAGACUGUCGAUCUUCGAGGUUAUGACGACUCACUAAAGUUACAGCACAUCCAACGCUAUACUGUCCUAUACCGUUGGCUGCGCCUUCCCUUGAAACAGCCAUCCCAAAGAGCACAUGACCCACGUGAUCAUCUCGUAGUUGGUCCUGAGGCUUCCAAUGGGAUAUGCCUGAUGAAUCCUAGCCUUUUACAUUUGACUGUCUACAGCAUCAUUCAGUACAAUUCAACACAUCUCAUCAAUUGAUCAGAGGACCUGACCUCUCUUACACAGAGUCUGGUCAGGCCUGACAGGCCUAGAACCCGCCCCCACUUGUCCCUCCGAGCUGGGGCCUCCCGACAGUACAGUCCAGUCUUCCCCGGCCCAACGCAGCAUCGGCUCCGUGUACUUUACCUCUACUUUUACCUUUGACUCGAAACAGUCGCAAGGCGGAGAAUUCUCGUCCUAGUCGGGCUUUUAUCUACUGUGCCUUGUUUUUUUACCCCUAAAGGAGAACACCACCUUCACUGUCUUUAUACUGUCCCUCGGCGCAGUAAUCUACAGCUUCAUUCAUCGGACAGACCCGGCCCAAGUUCCUAGGUGGGGUUUCAAUGUCCAACGCGGGGCUCUCUCUCUGCCUCUGACGACUCUUGCCGACUUAAUUACAAUACCGGAACUGACCUGGACUGGACUGUACGAGAAACUCACCAGACUUUGUGGCACAUCAUGUCGUCGGUCAAAGCCACAAAGAAGAGCGCUUUCUCUUGUGAGCCAUGCCGUAGACGCAAGGUCAAAUGCGGCGGCGAGCAACCGAUUUGCAAUCGUUGUGCUGCUAGAAGCGAUGACUGUAUUUACAAACUGUGGGACUCACCUCGGCCUCAUUAUUUUCUGAGCAAUUGCUCACGUGUCAUAGAAACCCGACUCUGUCUUACACCCAACGCCUUGAGGAACGCAUCAAAGAAUUGGAAGACCAACUCGCUGCUAUCAAAUCUCCUCCCUCAGUGGCUGCCUCCAAUCAUUCGAGUCCUGGGGUCUGGAACGGCCAUGACUCAAAUCGCCAUGCGGACGAGCAUGCAAUGACGAGGAGCUUCAUGGGUCUCAAGAUCGACGACAAGGGUGGCAUUACUUACCAUGGACCGACUAGUCUCUUCAAUCUUCCCAGUGACCCUCACAAGCAUAAGCCAGAUUCGAUAUCAUCCAUUGACUCAGAUGCUCAUAGGAGAGAGCGAUUGGUCAACAAUGCAUGGCAUCAGCGAGCGAUGGAAAACCUGUCUGAUAUUCCAGAACCAUUCCAAUACCUUCUGAACGUACAUUGGUGCUGGAUUCAGCCUCUUUUCAACUUUAUCUAUAGGCCUGCAUUCACUCGUGACAUGCAAUCCAUGGGACCGUACUAUUCUCACACUCUUUUGAAUGCUAUGCUCUCACAUUCCAUCCGCUGGGGUAAAAGUGAUCCCUCCACCAAACAACUGCUGGAUCAGUCUUAUGAUGGAGGAGCAGUCUUUGCAAAACACGCCCGAAGCAUGCUUUUCGACGAACUAAGUAGAGGUGUUUGCACUAUCCCAACUGUUCAGACAUUACUACUUCUCAGUGCAGGGGAGUGUGGCCAUGGCAACACGACACAGGCUUGGAUUUAUAGUGGAAUAGCGUUUCGUCUCAUCGAUCAUUUGGGCAUUUGUGUUGAUGGACAGAGAUAUCCAGGAUCCGUCCAUUUGACUGACGAAGAAGUCGAGAUUCGACAUCGACUUUACUGGAGUUGCUAUUUCUGGGAUAAGAUCAUCAGCCUAUACCUCGGUCGUUCGCCUUCACUGCAACAUACACAGGUGUCUCCGCCCCAGAUUAUCAUGGACGACUCGGCUGAGAAUGAGCUCUGGGUACCCUUCGACUCUCCUCAUGGCUCAGAUUGGAAGUAUCCUCCUGCGACAGCUCACUCAACUUCCUGUUUCAUGAGUGCUUGCCGAUUAUCAGUCAUUUUCAAUGAGAUCCUCAUUCACAUGUAUGAUCCAUUACUGGAGAAUACCGAGGCAGAGAUGCAAGAGUGUCUCCAGACUCAAGACCCUGCCAUGAGACUAUGGUGGGAACAACUCCCUCCUCAUCUCAAGAUCGAGCUCUCCGCCAUGCCUGAGCUGGCACCUCCAUCACACAUUGUCACCAUGAAUGCCCUGUAUCAUACGUUCAGAAUCCUCCUGUUCAGGCCGAUGCUCAGCUGGCAGGUCUAUCCAGAGGAUGAAGGCCCUCAUCCAAUGCAAAACCAUCUUGUGGAAUGCGUCACAUCUGCGACAUCUAUUAUAGCCAUCUUCGAUCUUUUCUGCAGGACAUUUACCAUCAGCCACUGCGUUCUAUCGCUCUCAUACAGUGUGUAUAUCGCGGCCACAAUUUUCCUUUUGCAGGUUCAAGCUACGCCUGAGGACCAACAAGCAGUUCGCAAGCUGAGCUUCUGCGUACGAGCCUUGCAUCAGGCCAAAACUGUUAAUCCAGUCAUCUCAAGUGCUUUGGAUUUGAUCACCCGAGAGAUGGCGAAUCUUGGGCUUGAUCCAGGAUUUAGCACGCCACAACAACAGCCUCCUCCGCCUAUGCCUCAGCCUAUGCCAGAUGUUCCGAUGCCUACAGACAUACCGAUUACCGAGACUAUUUACCCAGCUUCAUUUGAUAUACCCACACAGCAAUCACCUUACGAGCCGGAGCAGCUGUUUCAGACGCCGUGGGCCGACAAUAUGAAUCCGAAUGCAAUGGCCGUUGACCGAGGAGUUUUCGAGGCUUUAUCCUCGUUUGAGCCCCUGAGUGUACGGGUGGGCGCUAUCUACGAGUCAGGAAACAACCCUCAGAAUUUCGGUUGAUCAAGGAUACUGUGGUAGCAGCAUUCUGGAAUAUACCAAAACCGAUGUGAUCGACGUUAAUGACAACAGAAUUUACAGAGAUCAAGGAACCGAUGCAAAAUCCGAUACCAGGAAACUCAAAUGAACUGGAAUUAUCAACUUCUCGGCCGAGUACCAGGCACUCAAGAAACCACGGAUCUUGAUUCAUCCAAUAGCCAAGAGCUCACCGAGAGAAGAGGCUCCCUCGGCAUUGAUAGUGUUUACUGUGAGCUCCCACAUCAGGACAUCGAUGCCGAGUUACCGUUAUAUACCCGCAUCUGCCGAACCCUGCUCGGCCCUACUCGGAGAAGGUGUUAUCGAAGUUAUACUUUCGACUACAAACUUCAUGCUGGAACAUGGAGUCAUGGCUUGAUCUGUAUAAUCUCGCGAUCUGUGUAGAAGGGCCCCUGGACUGGUUGUGGCCAACUUGGAAAUCGUUCUUGACGUUUCAGGUAUCGCAAUACAACGGCAGAAUGAUGGACAGAUGAACAAUAGUCAGAUAUGAUAUGAAUACAUAAACGAAAAUAUUAACAAGUACACAUGUCCGGUGCAGAAAGAACGAAAUCAUCUUUGAACACCAUGAAUGGGAUACCCCCUUACUCAGUCAUAACUGAUCUCAAUCACUGGUCUGCGUUCCUUGGUGGCCUCUGGAC